AUGGAGCCCCGCGAGAUCGCCGCCACCGCCGCCGCCGUCUUCGUCUACGGCCUCUCCCACGCCACCGCCAACGCCUGGCCGCUCCCCAUGGGUUCUGAAUUCUGCGACCAGGCCGACGCAGGCAGGGGCGACUUCCAGGGGAGUGCGCGCCUCUCAAUUUCGCGGAUCCCCAUCGGCGCCGAAGGACUGAGCUCCAGCGGCCGCGUCUCCUUCCGCUCCACCUUCCACCACGACGACUUUCGGCUCAAGCUCUCCGUCUCCGAGGCCCCCGCGCUCCUCCUCGCCUACACCGUCGCCGCGCACACUGAGGUGCAUCGCCUCCUCCUCAACCUGUACCAGGUCAUGGCGCCCGCCAAGGAGCUGCGACUGUCGCCGUCGUCGGCGUUCCUCCCCAAGCUCCGCGGGGGAACCUGCAGUACCGCGCACCCGGAUCCCCCAGACGCCACCGUGCGCCGCGCCAUCCAUGUCCGCGACGACGUGCUGCUAGCUGUCUCGGAGGCGCUGGCAGAGAAGGCCACCAAGGAGCACUUCGCCAAGGCCUACGAGCUUGUCCUCGCCAGUCUGCUACCCCGUCCCGACGUCUUCGUCAAGGAUGCUGAGAGCUGCAUGUACAUGCCCACCAAGUGUUCGAUGUAUUGCUGCAGUGGUUUCACUUCCAUGUUGACCACAGCAAUGAGCAGUUCUACCCCAACCUGGAUGUCCGCCAAGGUCGACAACAGCUUUGAGCGCAGGGUGUCAGCAUCUACAGCUGCGAGUACUCUUGGAAAGCUUGACCAAAUGCUGAAGAGCCCCUGUGCACUUGGAGACAUCACUGUCAGUGAAUACUAUGCUUGCGGACUCCACACAGCUCUGUUUUGGUUUAUGGUUGCCGUUCUUUCUGGGUUGAAUAAGGGCAAAUUGUUGAAUCCUGCUGCAGUUUUUCACAAGCCGUUAAGUGGCCUUUAUGUGGUACUAAAUAUCAGAGAGCUAUGUGAUCAAGUGUUGGCCCUUUCUGAGUACAAAGCCGAGCUGUAUGCGUAUUUAAGAAGCAGGAUGAACACUAUCGCGCCAAAUCUGACAGCACUGGUGGGAGAAUUAGUUGGUGCUUGCUUUCUUGCGCAUGGUAGAAGUUUGCUAAACCUGGCCAAGGCAAUAGAUAUUCACCUUCUUGACCAAGUGAUUUUCCUUGAGACUGUCAGUGUAGACAUGAAUGAUACAGUGUUACUGAACAUUUUCAGUAGGCCGAUCAGCUUUUCUGUCUUGCUGCAACAGCUCAAGUCUAGAGCCCAAGUUACUACACCGAUCAAGUCCAGAGCCCACGUCACUGCGGCUGCUCUCAUUGUAGCGUCUGACUAUUUGCUGCUACUGUCCGUUGCAAUUCCUCACCCUGGAUACAAGUUUUCAGUUGAAAUGAUAACAUACAAGCUGUGUUUUCCCUUGAAGCCACCAUGGCAGCUACCUGCAUUAGUCGGAUUCAUCGAUGAUGGCCUUCAUGAUGUGGUUGAUGAUCAUGUCGAUAAGGACCAUGAGCAUGAAGCAGAAGACGCUAUCCCUACUGAACCAACUGCGAAGAAUGUUGCAGCUCCACCUUCACUACCCAGAGAUAAUGGCAGACAACUUUCCAAGAAGGUUCCCAGCUGUACCUUUGUCCUGCCGAAGCUAAGAGGUUGCGGAAGAGUGCGAAAUGACCAGAGGCCGGUGGGAAUCGAAAGCUCCGGUUUGCAAAGGGCAAGGCAGAAUUGGGGGAAAGUGGUCCCCCUCUCAUCUCCUGAGUCGGACAACCGUGCAGGUGCCGCUUGGGGUAGGUGGCAACCGGGGGAGGCUGGUAUCACUUGGACCGGAAUGGUCAUGGAAUGUCGGAAUAUGCCGUUGGUGCAGGGCAGGUAG